AUGGAAAAAAACUCCCGAAAAUCAAAAGCAGAAAAAGUUGUUGACGAUCAAGACGAGUCUUUGUUAAAUCUCGACCAAAUCUCGGCUGACAUUGACAAAUUCAUCGACGAACUAUCCAUCAUAAACGAAAAAUGCAACUCACCCGAAAUCCCUAAUAUAGUUGACACCUUUGUUAGGAUCCUUGAGUCUAAAAUAAAAAGCUACAACUCAAUAAAAUCCGGUACAAGGCUCGUAAAGGAAGACGAAAAUUUUAUAAAGAUGAUAAAUCGUUUGGCCAGGCUCAAUAAUGUUUUAAGCCAGUUCCCGAGUACGACGCUAUCUAAUGAUAUUCAAAAUGUCGUACAACAUGCGAUGAUAUUAAUGGAAGAGGAGUUUCGAGCCCUUCUACAAGAUUCAAAUGCCCCUACAGAACCGGUUGCAAAAGGGGCCGCAUCUAAACAUAAUUUAGAUUCGAGUAACCAUGAAGAUUUUCCUGGUUACUCGAACGAAAAAAUUCUUUUGAUGAGCAGAAUAGCGACCGUGAUGAUCUCUGCAGGUUACCAAUACGAAUGUUGUCAGGCUUAUAGUACAAUACGAAAAGAUGCAUUGAUUGAUCAAAUCAAGAGAUUUGAAUUUGAAAAAUUGAAUGUUGAAGAUGUUCAUAAAUCAAAAUGGGUGUCACUUGAACCAGAUAUAACCCGAUGGGUCAAAAUAACUAACCAUUGUUCCAAAAUCCUUAUCCCAGCCGAAAGAAAACUUGGAGAAAAUGUUUUCACAGAUCAAUUGCCGGUUUUUGCUAGUUUAUUCCUCAACCUAAUUCGCAACAUUACAACAUUACUUCUCGAAUUUGCUAUAGCAGUGGCAAAUGUUAAACCAAAGGGAAAACGGUUGUUCAAGUUCAUCGAUAUGUAUGAGGCAAUACGUGAUCUUGGUACCGUGGUGGAUGAGUCAGAUUUUGGCGACACGAAGCUAGAAGAAUGGGGUGUACUAAAAUCCGAGAUAUUAUCAACUGGGGACAACAUUGGUGAGGCCGUGGUGAACAUGUUUAGUGAUUUAAAAAAUGCAAUCCGCAAUGAUACUAACAAAACUACUGUUCAAGGGGGCGCAGUACACCCCCUUACCCGUUACGUAAUGAACUACAUGAAAUGUGGAUUUGAUGAGUACCAAACCACAUUGGAAAAUGUUUUCCAAUACCAUAAUAAACACGAAAACGAACCUUUAUCGGAUGUAGAAAACUCAUCAUUAUCAAAACAAUUCUUAUGUGUGAUUGAUUUGCUAGAAGCUAAUCUAGAAACAAAAUCGACACUCUACAAAGAUCCACCAUUGAGGUAUAUUUUCUUGAUGAACAAUUUUCGGUACAUAUUACAACUCGUGAAAGGGACAAACGAAAUGAAACAAAUGAUCGGGGAUAAUUGGUGUCGACGAAAGUCAUCGGAUGUUAGAAACUACCACAAGAGUUACCAAAGGGAAACAUGGACCAAACUAUUGCAUUUCCUCACACAAGAAGGUGUUCAAGUGAAUGGAAAACCGAAUAGAAAGAUAUUGAAAGAAAGGUUCAAGUCUUUUAACACAAUGUUUGAUGAAAUACACAAGACACAAAGUUCAUGGGUGGUGAGCGACGAGCAGUUAUUAUCCGAGAUUCGGGUUUCCAUAACGGCUGUCGUGAGCCCGGCAUAUAGGUCAUUUGUCGGGCGGUAUAAACCGCAGUUUGAGGGUGGGAAAAGCAUCGAUAAGUACAUAAAGUAUCAACCAGAAGAUAUUGAAUCGUUAAUAGAGACAUUAUUUGAAGGCACGGAGAAGGUGGAGAGUCAAAUGAAUGGAAUACAAGCUGUAUCAACUGUGAAGCAAACUACAGGAGCCUUCAAAAAUCUAUUAAAAACUUAUAAAAAUGUGGGACUCAUGUGA